AUGGAGACUGCUCUUCUACCUCUCCUCCUUACCUUCUUCUCCUGCAUGGCCUCAUCAGCAAGAAUGUUGAGCGCCGCCUACGUCUACAACCCAUCGCCACCGCGCCCGUCGUGGGAGCAAAUAGAGAUAAACAACCUGAACAAUUCAGUGGCUAUCGUAUCGUGUGGUCCGGAUGCUCAAGGGGAGGGGCAUGUAGUGGCUACACUAAAUCCUCAGCAGACUAUGAACUGGACAACAUAUGUCACAUACCCAUUUAAACCAAAUACCUUGGCUUGUUUCGUAUCAUUCUACGGCGAUCCGAGCAAAUUCGUUAGCGAGUGGACAAAUGAAAAGGGGUUUUUCUGUGCCUUUCCUCGACGUAUAUGUGGGUAUGAUUGUAAGUUCAGAAUAAUGGAUGAUGAGAGAUAUGAAGUUUAUGAUCAACGUCAAAAGAGAUGGACCACUGGUUUGCAUUCGGGAAACAAGACAGAAGCCAUUAAAGCUUCGCAAUGCAACAACCCUCUUGCGCCCCCAAACAGCGCAGCAACCCCUCUUUUGUGCCCAGACAAUGCAGCCAUUCUCCUGCGCACACGGCCAUCUCGCCCACCAACACCGCUGCACGACUCGCCUCCCGACGCCCAAGCAUUGGCGCUCGACAUGCCAUCUCGCAAAGCAGAGCUUGCCCAUGGGGGACCCUCCUCAGUAGAGCUCGCCCAUGGAGACCUUUACCUAGUGGAGCUCACCAAGUCCCAGGCUCGCCCAAGGGAGCUCGCCAAAGCCUCAUCAUUCGGAAUCAGCGCCGCCGAUCUCUCCCCCAUGGCCGCAGCCCUGCCGCACAUGCCACCGCCUCGAAAAGAAACAUCGACGUUGAUCAUAGAGCUAACCAAUCUGUCUCAUUCCGUGGCCACCGUAACAUGUGGUCCGCUUACAUUUUUGGCUUCAAUGAGGUCUCUGCAGACCGUGGACUGGAUUUUCAACAAAACUGGAGUUACAGACCCAACAGCAUUUAUUUGUGUCGUAGCUUUGGACAGUGAAGGCGAAACUUAUGAUGACCCACUCUGGGGACCCAUAGACGGGUACAUUUGUGGCUUCCCUAAACGUAAAUGUAGGAAUCAUUGUAAGUAUAGGGUUAUAGAUGACGAUGGAUUUGAAGUUUACAAUGAAUUUCACAACAAAUGGGAGACUGGUGUGUAUUCGGCAAACAAGACAGCAGCCGUCAAAACAUGUAACGAAUAA